UCAAAGCAAAGAACCAAAAAGAAAAAAGUAAUAAGUAAUAAAACUCGGUGAAACUUACAAAGAUGGAGACGAAUAAACCUAAAGCCUCUGUCUCCUUCUUCCUUGUGAUGAUGUUGUUGUCAAUAAGCUCUUGUUCGGCCUUCAACAUCACCAAACUGCUCGAAAAGGAAGAUGAUUUCAGCACCUUCAACCAACACCUAUCCGACACCAAACUCGCCGACCAGAUCAACAAGCGCAGCACCAUCACCGUCCUCGCCGUCGACAACAGUGCCAUAGGCGGCCUAGGUGACGACAGCGUCGUCAAGGCCAUCAUGAGCGUCCACGUUAUCCUCGACUACUACGACAAGGAGAAGCUAACCAAGCUGGCCAAAAACAACAAGAGCGCAACCCUAACGACGCUGUACCAGACCUCAGGCUUGGCUAAGAACGAGCAAGGCUUCGUCCGGAUCGCUACCGACGACGACGGCAUUACUUUCGGGUCCGCAAGCAAGGGUUCUCAAAUGAACUCCAAGCUGGUGAAAUCGGUGACAUCUCAGCCCUACAACAUUUCCGUGCUUCAGGUCAGUUCCAUCAUAGAGGUUCCCAACAUUAAUGCUGAUCCUUCCCCCGAGAAGGCUCCGGCACCAAAGAGCCGGAAGGCUAAGCCUCCCAGUCCGGCAUCCUCCGACGACUCUGCCGACAGUCCUUCCGACGACACUGCCGAUAGUCCCACGGACGACCCGGACAUGGAUGAUAAUGCUCCGAGUCCGGCCAAGCAUCAUACACCACCCAAACCUAAGGAUGUUGAUUCGGAUUCGCCAUCGUCGAGUCCUGCGCCCGGGCCUGCGGCCGGGGACGGGGCUGGUAAGAGUGAUGCACGCGCCAACGCUGCGGAGAUGGGUGUUGGGGUUGUUGCGCUAGGCUAUUUUGAUGGCUAUUAUCCAUGUCCUCCUCGAUUUGUGGUAUCUGAGGAAGGUUCAGUGACAAGGGAGAUUAGUGAUGCUUAUAAGGAGUGGAAAAUGGUAGAUAAGGCACUGAUAGGCCUCUUAAUGGCAAGUCUUGAUGAUGAUGUUAUGGAUAUCAUUGGUGCAGAUUCUAUUGAGAAGUAUAUUCUGCGCAUUAAGCAUGCUAAAGAUCAACUUAGUUCAGUUGGUGUCACAAUGGUUGAUGAAGAUAUUAUUGUUGUGACUCUCAAUGGUUUGCCUGAGGAAUACUCCAUGAUAAAGACUGUUAUAAGAGCAAGAGAUGAUUCAAUUUCUUUUAAAGACCUCAGAGCACAACUACUAGCAGCAGAAAGAGACAUUGAAGCUCAAUUCUCCUUGAGUGGUACUAUGACAACAAUGGCAGCAAGAGGUUCUUCCAGUUUCAAAGGAAGUAGCCGUAAUGGAGCUAAUAACUUCAGUGGUGACAAAGGAAAAAGGCAAGGCCAUAUUGCUCGGAUUUGCUUCAACAAUCCAGCUUCUCCAAAUUACGGACCUGGAAAUGGUGAUUAUAGAAAUAGCAGUGGAGCUUCUCUUGAAUGUCAACUUUGUAUUUCUCCUAAUGAAGUUUGGAUUGGUGACACAGGAGCAACUCACCAAAUGACAUCUGAUCUCAGAAAUCUUGCUAUAGCUCAUCCUUAUGAUUCCACCAAUUCAAUCACUAUUGGUAAUGGUGAAGGUUUGAGUAUCAAACAUAUUGGUUCUACUGAAAUUACUCCUUCUUCUCAUACUUUUCAGUUGAAUAAGUUCUUCAUAUUCCAAGACAAAGUGUCAAGGGCAAUCCUGCAUCAAGGAAGGAGCACAUCUGAAGGGUUGUUUCUGUUUACUACUCCUCAAAUAAGGCCUUCUCAUACUGCUUUCAUUGGAUCUGCUGUGAAAUCUAUCUUGUGGUAUCAAAGGCUAGGUCAUCCAUCUGUUCCUUCCUUGGUUUCUCCUAGUCAGGUUGAUAGAGGAGGAGAUGGUGUUGUUGGUGAUGUUGGUGCUUCUGUUAGUACUGGUAGCUCUGUUGAGUCUGGUAGUGGUGAUAAUGAUAUUUCUGGUGCUGAUGUGAGUGGUAAUGAAAAUUCUUGUGCUAAUGUUGGUAGUAAUGAGAAUGAUAAUAAUGAAGAUUCAAGUUCUGCAGAUCAAGGUGAAGUUGAAACUAUGAAUAUAAAUAUGAAUGGGAGCACUGAUGUUACUAGUCUGUUCAAUGGUGUUGAUACAAAUAGUGAAAUUCUUCCUUAUGAAUUAUCUUUUGUGAAUGAUCCAGCUCAAUGA